CCUUCAAGUUAAGAUAUGGUUCCCUUUUUGGUUCAAAGUUGGGGAUCCGCAAGUUAAAAGAAGGUUCCCCCUUUUUUUUGGUUCUAGGUUAAAACCUUACACUGUGUUCCAGAGAUCCACUUAAAUGGAGAAGAGAAAAGAUUUAUAAGGAAAGAAGAGGGUAAUGAUGUUCCAGAGAUUUUAUUACGUGAAGAAAAGAAGAGAAGAGAAGAGAUAGGGGAGGGUUUUUAGGGUUGAAUUGUUUCAUUCCAAAUUGGGGUGAUUGGGAGAGAACAGAAUAAUUAAAAACCACGUUCCUAAUUCACUUCCUAUUUUACCCUUGUAAAACAUAUGGCGGGUAUAUCUCCCACAACCCGCCAAAUCUUCAACCCACCUUCCAUCAUCUAUCCCCACAACUGCAACUGUUCCAUCAUUGUUUCAAUCUGUAACCUGCUGUCAGCGAUCCAUUGUUCAUCUCCCAGCAAGUAAAUUUACAAUGGAUAAUCAGAUACGCGAGGCAGCUGAACUUGUGCGAGCUAGACAAUUGCAAGCAGCUAACCUGAUUUGCUUUCUGGUGGCUUUCGUUGCACUACGUAGAUUGUCAACCAGAAGUCGUGCUAAUUUACCUACUAAUGAUGAAAUUUUACAACGACGAUAUGUGCGAGAAGAGAUGUUACACGACCUUUCAAACGGCGGUAAAUGUCGUGAGCUUAUCCGCAUGAGUGAGAAAGCUUUUAUGACAUUGUGCAGUAUCUUAAAGCGUGAUGGUGGACUUCGAGCUACUCAACGCAUGUCUGUUGAAGAGCAUGUUGCAGCAUUUUUGCAUAUUGUAGGCAAUGAUCUGAGAAAUCGGUUUACCUCAUGGCUAUACCGUCGUUCUGGGUCAACAACUAGUCGGUGCUUCCAUAGAGUUUUGCGAGCGAUUAUAUCAUUAGAAGGUCGUUAUAUUCAACAACCUAAAGGUGAUAUUGUCCCAAAAGAAAUUCAGGAAAAAAAAAGAUUUUAUCCUUUUUUUAAGGAUUGUAUCGGUGCAAUUGAUGGAACACAUGUUCGCGUCAAAGUACCUAAUAAGGAUGCCCCUAGAUAUCGUGGUCGUAAGGGAUACCCGACAACAAAUGUAUUGGCUGCUUGUACAUUUGAUUUAAAGUUUACGUAUGUGCUAACUGGAUGGGAGGGUACAGCAUCAGACUCAAGAAUUAUAAAGAAUGCGCUUACUAGAGAUGAUAAACUAGUCAUUCCGACUGAAAGUUAUCAUGAGCAAACACGAAGCCACCGGAAAGAAGGAACAAAUAAAGUGGACAGAAAGUAUGGAUAAUAUAUUCAUACAAUCCAUGAUAGCACAACAAGAUAAUGGCAACAGGAUUAAUGGCAGUUUUACUUCACAAGCAUACAACAAUAUGAUUGAGGAGCUGAACACAAAGCUUCAAAUUGAAUUGACCAAAAAACAUUUGAAGAACCGUUUAAAAACGUUGAAAGAGCAUUUUUCCCAAUGGUACGACAUGUUUCGUGGAACGUCAUUGAGUGGAUUCUCAUGGAAUUCAGAAACUCAAUUAAUUGAAGCGGAGGAUGAAGUCUGGGAUAAAUUAAUAGAUGCAAAGCCUGAUGCUGCGGCAUUGAAGACGAAGAAAGUCUCAAACUUCAAUGAAAUGCUACAACUAUUUGCAAAAGAUAGGGCAUCCGGUGCACACGCUGAAACAGCUAAAGAAAGAAAUGCCCGACUGAAAGAAAAUGACAGCAUUAACAUAGAAACAGUUCCAGACGUUGAUGACUUCUGCGCUGCCAAUGAUGUAGUUCUGGAGAGCCAAUGCAAUACUGAUGAUGAUAUUCAAGUGCUACCUCCUACGUCUUCUCGUGCAAAGAAAUGUAAGAGUAGAAAAAGAAAAGUUGAACAAGAUGAAGAUUUAACCUCUAUGAUUAUGAAUGGCGUUAGCAGUGUGGCUAAUGCUAUUUAUGAAGGCAAUAAAAUACUUGAAAGAGCUUAUCAUCGCGAAUACACAGGUGAAGAAAUUUGUAAUGCACUGGAGCCAUUGGGUUUGGAUUCCCAUGAAAUACGUGAACAGCUAAAGAAACAAUGCAGUAAUAAACCAAUAAUAAUUCCAAACAGGCAUAACAAUAUCCCAAAAUAUCCCCGUUUACAAGAGGCGCACCUCAUGACUGAACCUCGAUUCGUUUUUACCAGUACCUCAAAUGAACAGCUAAAUCUGGUCUGAAGCAUUGAGAAAUGCCCUGAAACGGUUCGCGUCGAAAAGACACGGGUCGAAACGGUACACGUCGGGGGGUCGGCCGCCCCCUCCCGCCCCCACAAAGCUACGCCCUUGUAUGUGAUCGAAUUUACAUAAUGACAUAAUGUUAUGAGUUAUGACUGUAUGCACAAAUAUGUAUAUGUUCUUUAAUAUAACUAUGAGACUGCAAGUGUAAUUGACGCCUGCAUGUUUAGUCCCGUAGCACAAAUUCGGAUUCGGAACAACAAUAGAUGCUGCAAGUGUAAUUGACUGCGCAUGUUUAGUCCCAUAGCACAAAUUCGGAUUCGGAACAACGUCUGACGCUGCAAGUGUAAUUGACGCCUCAAAUAAGUUAUACUAA